UUGGCUGUAUUUGUAUGCGCGAAGAGAUACUGAUAGACAACCGAAAUGGGGCAAAACAAAGAUGCAUGUAAUUUUUUCCCGUUUUGGGUAACCGUAACAGUCCUUGAGCGGAAAGAUAGUAUAAAUAAUUUUCAUUAAUUCUUUAUCCGUUUUUUUAUUUUUAUUUAUAUGAAUUUUGUUUUGAAUGGGAGUGCUAUUUGCAGGCUAAACGGGGUAACCGGAUACCUUCUGCUGCUGCUGUGCAGUGUGUGUAUGUGGUCAUGGUGUUAAUGAUGGAAUCGCAAUGCGAAUACUUUAUGUAUUUCCCCGCCGUCCCCAUAUCAGACCUGUCGGACCCGGCCAGAUAUCGCACACUUCCGCGUCGCAGUCACCUCUAUCUCGGGGAAACCGUGCGCUUUCUCCUGGUCUUGCGCUCUCAGAGCGUCGCCUCCGGGUCAGGUUCGUCCAGCGGCACUGCGGCGGCUGUUGAGGGUAGCAGCGGGUCGGAGCAUCACAACAGCCGCUCUUGGAGGGAGCUGGCCGGCUCUCUUUGCGCCGUGGCCAGCGUUUGCCCCGGCGACAGCAGACAGCGAGCGCAGCAGCCUCUGUAUCACGACUACCACAGCAGCGGGGACGAGUGCGUGGAGGACACGGACGAUGAUGAUGCUGCGGAGGUGGGCUUCGCAGGUAGAGGGGGCCCGAGGUCCCGGGGCUUCAGGGAAUGCAAACCGCUACUCAUUCACAACAACCCGGGCAACGGCGUGAGGGAAUUCCGCAAGGCUCCUGUGCAGUCUCCUGUGGAUGAGCCAGUUGUUUUAAAUGAUGAGGUCAUAUUUCCUCUGACUGUGUCCCUGGAUAAACUCCCUGUCAGCACUCUCAAAGUGAAGAUAAUAGUGACUGUGUGGAAGCAAGAAGAGGAGAAAGCUGAGAUCCAAGAACAUGGCUACCUCAGCAUUCUCCAACAGAAGAGCCCCUGCCAAACAUUCCGCCAGGACCAAAACACAUUCAAAGCCCAGGUCAGCACCACUCUUAAUGUCCUGCCCCCACCCACAGUGAAGUGUCAGCAAAUGACUGUUUCAGGGAAACACUUAAAUGUCCUGAAAGUGUUAAACGGGAGUUCUCAAGAGGAAGUGUGUGUGCGUGAUGUCAGAAUCCUCCCCAACUUCAAUGCCUCAUACUUACCAAUGAUGCCAGAUGGCUCAGUGCUGCUGGUUGACAAUGUUUGUCAUCAGUCAGGAGAGGUUGCCAUGGCAUCAUUUUAUAGGAUGGACAGUGAAUCUAGCCAACUUCCCAGCAUGCUCAGUGCUCUAGAGGAGCAGAACUUUCUCUUUCAAUUGCAGCUCAGUAACCAGCCACAAGAUGAUUCCAAUGAGGGACUGGAGGUGCCAUUGGUUGCAGUCUUACAGUGGUCCACUCCUAAACUGCCAUUCACCAAUUCUAUUUACACUCACUAUAGUCUCCCCAGCAUAAGACUGGACCGGCCACGCUUCAUCAUGACUGCCAGCUGUCCCAGUGCCAUCAAGACCCGCGAGCAUUCGGUGCAAUAUACUCUCCUCAACAACUUGCAGGACUUCCUGGCUGUCCGACUAGUCUGGACACCUGAAGGUCGUGGGCAGAAAGAGGACCCUGCAGUAAAUGCAGUGGUGUGUCAUUCUCCUCUCAGCAACCUAGGAUACUGUCGGAAAGGCAGUACUCUCUCUGUCAGUGUGGCUUUCCAGAUACUCCGAGCAGGACUCUUUGAGUUGAGUCAGCACAUGAAGCUGAAGCUACAGUUCACAGCAUCUGUGUCCAAUCCUCCCCCUGAUGCCCGUCCUUUGUCUCGCAAGAACAGUCCUUCCAGCCCAGCGGUCAGAGACAUUCUGGACCGACAUCAGGCCAGUCUUAGUCUGGGUCGCUCUCAGUCCUUCUCACACCAGCAACCUUCCAAAUUCCACCUCACGAGGACAGGCAGUGUUAUGGAGCGCAGGGCCAUCACCCCUCCAGUGGGCUCUCCUGUUGGUCGACCCCUGUACCUCCCUCCAGACCGGAACAUUCUUUCGCUCGACAAAAUUGCCAAGCGUGAGUGCAAGGUGCUCGUAUUGGAUUCGCACACCUAAAUGCACACAGGGAGCGGAGGUGGGAUAGUCUUGAAGUUGGGAACAGAAGCGUACAUUUGAAGAGUGAAAAAUAUCAUUGGUCUUUUAUUUCAAUUCAUUUUGUUCCUAUUUUGUUGUGUUUUUACCUGCAUUCAUUGUUUACACACUGUACUGUAUGGUUCUUUUAAAUCAUUUCAAUGCGCAGCUACUGUUUUUGACCAUUUUUCUGACAUUCUGAUGGAAAGAAUGAAAAACGUUCACAUACACAUACUGUAUAAUGUCACAGGGUUUCUUUGUAGCUUAUCCAUAGGACAUUUCACUGGAGACAUGAAGUUCUGAAACUUGUGUUGAAUACAAGUUCAAAUGGUGUACUGAUGGAUGUUUAUGGGGAGAUGGGUAAAUACCCCAUUUUGGAAGAAUGUAAUGUGCGAUUAAUUGUUUACUCUCUUCAUACUUGCUACUUGGUAUCGGAUAGAUGUUUUGGACGUCUUUUACAUUUCAUUUGUCAGCACUGCCAACAUUUCCCUGCCCAUAUUUAAUUCUUUGACUGUUGCAUUCCAGUAAUUUGAUUUACUUUGUGAAAGUGCUUUUAUUAUGAUUAUUGUUUUCCUUAAUUACUUGAAAGAUUGUUUUCAAAGAACGAAUAUCACUCAAUACCUUCAAUUUUCAGUUGCGUUUAAACUGGAAUUUUAUUUGUUCUGGCGAGCAAGUACCUCUGCACUGUUCUUCCCUGCAGUGUAACUGCAUGUCACCAAUAUUCACACUUCCUUGCUCAACAGUUGGUAGUUACAUGUUGGUAAAUUCACAUCUAUUUUGUUUUAAAAUUAUUUCCCUGUUAUAAUGCUAAAAUUCUAGUUUCUUAAGCUGUGUUCAACUUGUAAAGCAAUCCCACAUAAUCUCACACAACAUUUUGAGGCCUCAGAGUGGGCAUAUGAAGAGGCUUCCAGCUCCUAAUGGAGCUUGUGUUAUAGGAGGACAACAUUUUAUAUAUGCUGCUGUAUUCAUGGCUUUGAAAUAUUCUGUGCACACAUCACAUUACAAUAAUAAGUUGACUGGAAAGCAAACAACAUCACAUUCUGUGUUCUGCAGAAUAUAUGAUCAUCAGAAAUGGGAUCAUCUUUCUUUUGCCCCAGAAUAUCCUUAGCCAUCUCCUGCUAGAUGUCUGAACAGAUGUUGCCCACUCACACAUUGAUUUCAAUCCAUUUACAUUGAACAUGCAUCUGUCUAAGAUAGCAGCAGAACUACAACCCCUUUGGCUGUAUUGAUAAUCAACAGUCAACUUAAAUAGCACAUCACCACAUCUUGCCAUUUAGUGGGUUUGUAAUGUAUUUCUUUGCAGAAUGUUUACAUAGCUGUGCACAUUUGUGGACCGUAAGUUUGUUCUCCUGUUAAAACUACUGAAUAAUCUUUGGGAAUGAAAAAACGUUGUCAAAUAUUGCACAUGGUUUUCCAUUAUCUAGUAAUUUCUAUUUUUGUGAUCCUUGUCAGCGAAUACAGGAUCUCUAAAGCAUAGAUUUGACAGAAAUGCUAGGACAGACUUCUGUUAUUCAGAGGAAACAUAACAGAUCCAUCUGACAUCACAAAACAUAAUAUGAAAUCCAUGUUGAGGAUCAACAAAAUGUAAAUAUUAUGCUUUAUUGUCAACCAAAGUUGUUUUUUAAUGUUUUAAUUCAAAGCAUUUGUUGUGUACUGUUCAUAAGUGGAUCAUUUUCAGUUUUUUCUGAUUACUUGUCUUCAAAGGCAUCAAAAGAUUUAAUUUAAUUGGAACUGCAUUUGAACAAUGAUGUUCAAUUUUGUUUAAGCACUUUAUUUAUUUUUUAUGAGUUGCUGUUCAGCACUGUUCAUUGACAAACAUUGUCCUUAGUUUUCUUACCUCUUAACAAUGCAAAUCACAAACUGGCAUAUUUUUGGCUGUGAAAUCUCUGUCACCAUUGGAUUUACUCCCAGUCUAUAAAAAUAUACUGAGGCUAGAAGUUGCUGAAAAGUUUUUGAAACUGUGAUAGCACUAGGGUUGUUCCCAGGUAUAAGAGCCUUAAGGCAAUAUAUGCUGAGUAUUGAGCUUGUAUUGUGUGUUUGGACAGCAUUUUUGGAUUGCAAAGAAGUGCCAAGAUUUUCCUCUGGUGGGAAAUCCUUUUGGCACUCCUUAUUAAUUUAAAGAGCUGGAAAAGCAAGCCAAUUUGUACACCAUUUGAAUUGCUGCUUGUUUACUUUUUGUUUUUAUAUGCCUUGCAUUACAUUGCUGUUUGAAAUGUUCACAAAAGUGUCCAGGGUUGGUGGAAAUCUGUUAUUGAAUUGUUGCACCAUUUAUGAACAAGUUGAAUAAAUGCAGUAAAGUCUUAAAUUGUCUUGUUU